AUGGAAUAUUUUCGCGAUAUGCCGACUGAAAGCUGGACUUGCAACAAAGUCUGUGCUUAUUAUAAAAACGACCCUAGACACAAAGACAAAGACUUGAGAGAAAUCUUAAGUGAAAUUAAAAACGAUUUAAAAGUAUUCAAUGAAGAAAAAAUUUAUGAUCCCUCAUUGCAUAAAAAAGCCACCGAAAUAUUAAACAAUUGGAAGGUCUGCGGGUUCACCUGCUAUGUACCUUCCUUAAGUGGUCAAACAACUGAAAUAAUUCUUUUAUUUGCUAGUGAUAGAAGCUUAAAAAUCGCUGUGGUGCUGUAUACAAGAAACAUCAAAAGAGUAGACAAACGUGCAAAGAUACGAGCGAAACAAGACAAAUUUGCGAAAAAACUUGCGAAACUUGGCAAUGAUCAGGUGAAACUCAGUAAUGAUCAAGCGAAAAAAGAUCAACAAAAUUCAACUGAUGACAUUUCAACUUACGUUGAUAUUGAAAAGAUUGUUAACCUAAUUUCAAAUUGCACUGAUAACUUAAAUUCACCUAUCAAUUUUAAUGACCGGAAAUUUCUAAAGUUGGAAUUCAAAGCAGUUUGUUUAAUAGAUGGAUUAGAAUUAAUUAAAAUUUGA